AUGAACGAUCCGCUUCCACAACCUCCUACGGCAGGCUCUGAGGUUGAGGAGCAAGAUACCCCUAUGAAAAAUGGCCUAGAAAUCCGCAGCGAUGACAUCCGAGCAGCCACUAGCAAGAAACUGAGAGAUCGGAGCACUCGCCUACCUAUGCCAACCGCUGUGAGUGAUCGUGCUGGUCGGCCGAUUGUGAGUUUUGAUCCGACUUGGAAGCCAACUGAGGCACAAAGUCCGCGCAACCGAGACAGCUUCAAGGAAAGGGAUGCAACGCCGGACGUGCCUUCUCCUGAGCCUGCUGCUCCGACUAUUGAGGUAUCCGAGGCACCAUCAAUUCCGGUGAUCAACUUGCCGGACGACAAAGAGCCCACUAUCUCUGAGAUGGCAGGAUCAUCCCAGAGCACAACGACCGGUGCGAAGUCAUCGUCGAGCCCGCCCAAAAAGAACGAAGCUCCCAAGCGAUCCCCAAGAAAGCCAACAGCAGGGUUGCAGAAUCGGUGGCUAUCCACCUAUAGCCGCUCUGGUGUUCCCACUGCAACAUGUGAGGCAUGUUCUCUCCCAAUUGCAGGGAAGAUAGUGACCGCUGCGGGAUCCCGAUUCCACCCUGAGUGCUUCGUGUGCCACCAUUGCCAGACUGCUCUGGAGUUCUACUGCCACCUUGAUUUCCAUGAGCUAUUCAGUCCAAGGUGCAAGAGCUGCAAAACCCCGAUAGAGGGAGAAGUGGUCGUUGCUUGUGGAGCUGAGUGGCAUGUCGGGCACUUCUUCUGUGCCGAGUGUGGUGAUCCUUUCAACGCCGAUACACCAUUCGUAGAAAAGGAUGGCUUUGCAUGGUGCUUGCAGUGCCACUCCCGUCGCACAGCUCCUCGGUGCCUUGGAUGCAAGAAGCCAGUGUUAGAGGAUGUUGUGAUAAGUGCGGUCGGAGGGCAGUGGCAUGAUGAAUGCUUUGUCUGCCACGAGUGCGGGGAUGGAUUUGGUCCCGACGGUCGUUACUUCGUCCGAGAAGGGGAACCGAGAAGGACAGCCAAGGGACGCAUCAUCGGCGGGCCGGUCCAAUUGGCUGUCUGUGAAAGAUGUGAAGGUAUUCGCUUGAAAGCGUCGCCAUGA